AUGGAACUCCUCAAGGACUAUGAUGUCCAUAUUUUGUACCACCCAAGAAAGGCUAACGUAAUAGUAGAUGCUUUGAGUAGGAAGCCUAUGGGAAGCCUUGCUCAUAUUUCCAGUUGGAGAAGAUCGUUAGUGGAGCAGUUACAUAGUUUAGAGUGGAGUGGUGCAUGUCUAGAGAUAUCUGAUUCUCGAGGAUUUUUGGCGCAUAUCGAGCUUAGGUCUACCUUAAUGGAGGAGAUUAAGGCGACUCAAGUUAAGGACUCCAGUCUAGCUAAGAUCAUUAAGGAUGUUGAAGAAAGUAAGGUGUUUGAUUUUUCUAUUAACCCUUUUGGAGUGUUGAGAUUUAGGACUCGGCUUUGUGUCCCCGAGAUGGACAAGUUGAGGAGUAGGAACCUUAGGGAGUUUCAUCACUCUCGAUUUGCCAUUCACCCAGGGACUACCAAAAUGUAUCAGGACCUAAAGCAAUUGUUUUGGUGGUCGCACCUUAAGGAAGAUGUUGCUCGUACGUGUCUAACUUGCCAAAUCUAUCAGCAAUUGAAGGCGGAGCAUAAGAGGCCAGGAGGCUUGUUGGAAAGCAUCACAAUUCCAAAAUGGAAGUGA